AUGGCUAGUCACAUCCUUAAAGUCGAGGAGGAAAACCGCAUCGGCAUUUCGGUGCGGAACCUCACCGUGGAAGCGAACAGUCUGGCCAUCAUCAACGAUGUCUCAUUCGACCUCAACUCCGGCGAGCUUCUCGCAAUCAUGGGGGGUUCCGGGCUGGGGAAGACCACAUUGUUGAACGUGUUGUGCCAGCGGACUAAUGUCACCGACAAAAAGCUCAAGUUCCUGGGGCUGAUCCUUUACGACAAGGCGGAUACCGAUGUCAUCAACUACAGUUAUAUGCAACAAACAGACUCAUUUUUACCUGGGCUCACGGUGUUUGAGACGCUUAAGACCCAGUCGGACUUGCGGAUGCCUCCCAGUGUUUCAGAAGGGGCCAAGCUCGAGUUGAUUAAUGAAUUGCUCAAAGUGUUGGAACUCGAACACAAGCGCGACACCGUCAUCGCCACCUUUGGCAGUCACCGCACAUUCUUAUCGGGUGGGGAACAACGGCGGGUACUGGUAGCCAUCCAGUUGCUUUCAAGACCCCGGAUCUUGUUCUUGGACGAACCGACUACGGGGCUCGAUACCCUGUCUUCGUUGAAACUUGUGCAAACGUUGAAGAAGCUUGCCAGUCCUGAGAUUGGUCUUACCGUGGUGCUUUCGAUCCACCAGCCUCGUCCCGAAAUCAGUGUCAUGUUUGAUAAGCUCUGUCUUUUAUCUAAAGGGGGUCGUCUUGUCUACUUCGGUCUGUUGGCCGACCUGGUGCCUUACUUUGAGCUGCUAGGACACUCGCUGAAGGGGAGAGACAUCACCCACAUGGACUUUAUCAUCAAUUUGAGUGUUAAAGAUACCCUGACAAAGGAGCGAGAGGAAGCCAGUGAGCAUCGGAUUCAGGAGCUUUCGCGAGCGUGGAAGCAACACCAGCAACUCAAACCGAUAGACAGCCCACCGACACUCGAAACCCUGUUGAAACUCUUCAAGAAACACUACCCCAUUUCGUUCUGGAGAGAAUUAGUGGUACUCACUAAACGUACGGCGUUGUUAACGGUUCGGGACAAACUGCUGCUUCUUUCACUUAAUUUGGGGAUGGCAUUUUUAGGGGCAGUCACCGGGUGGAUGUUCUAUAAGCCCGGUUUGGAUUUGGCCGGGGUCCGGACACGGACAUCGUCGAUCUACGUCAUGCUUGAAGUGGUUGGUUUCUGUCCCCUUUACUUUGAAGUGGAACGGUUAUGGUCUACCGACGGGGUUUUCUUCCUACGAGAGUAUCUGGAAGGGUACGUGCUGAUCCCUGGUUUCGUUAUAUCACGACGGCUAGGUAAGCUCUUCUUGGAGGAUGUUCCUAUCGGUGUACUUUUCGGUCUGAUCUCAUACUUCAUGUAUGGUUUGCGUGGAGGCGGUCAUUACUUUGGCAUUUACAUUACCGUGUGUAUCCUCAUCAACAUGGUGGGGAUGGCCACUGGUCUCUUGAUCUUCGCCGUGCUGCCGGAUUUCGUCAUCGCCUCGCUUGUCUACGGGGCCAUCUACCAGUUGCAAAACUCUGCCUGUGGCUACUUCGUCAAUUCCAAGACCAUGCCCGUAUACGUGCGCUGGUUGAAGUACUGUGCCUACUUCUGGUACGCGUUUGGCGCCCUUACCUCGAACCAGUACACUGACUGGCUGGGCGACUGUCCCUAUGACGACCCUGAGUGGUGUAUUGAGUUUGAGGGCAAUUACCAAUUGAGUGUGCUUGGGUUCCCGCAAAACUGGAUCGCCGAACCUAUCGGUAUUCUCGUGGUGUGGUGGUUUGGCUUCCACUUGAUUCUGAUCGCUGCGUUCUAUUUGCGUAAGAACGACAUUGCCAUGGCGAAGCAGAAGAAGAAUAAGUUUGGUGGCGAGGACGAACGGCCUAAGGAGAAAAAUAAGGAUGGCGUGUCUCCCACUAAGCUGGAGCUGCUGACCCUUGGUGAAUCGUGGCUGCCGGUGAGUAUCCACGUUAGCGACGUCACGUUACAAACGCGUCGUAAAAACGUUACUUUGCUUGAUAACAUUGCCUGUGAGUUUAAAGCGGCCACCGUCAACGCCAUCAUGGGUCCCUCUGGUGGGGGCAAGACGACGAUGCUUAACUACUUGUCGAAACGUCUCCCUCAUGAGAAUUGGACGUUUAAGCUGAGAGGCGAUAUCGUGUUGCGCAACGCUUCGGGCGCCGAAGCCCAAGUGACCCCGGCACAAUUGAAACAGAUCUCGGCUUAUGUUACCCAACAGGACCUGGCACUUCAACUGAGAUUGACGGUACGGGAAACUCUUUACUACCAAGCAAAGCUCAGAUUACCGGUGGAAGAACAUGACGAAAUCCCUUCAAUUGUGGCGCAAAUCAUUCGGGAUAUGGGGCUUGUUGACGCCGCCGAUACCAUGAUUGGUAGUGCUUACGUUAAAGGUAUUUCCGGGGGUGAAAAACGCCGGGUGCUGAUUGCUGUCCAGCUCUUGCUGAAACCGAAAAUCUUGUUUUUGGAUGAACCUACUUCUGGGUUGGACUCGACCACCUCGGCGUUGAUUGUGGCGCUUUUGCAUCGGUUCGCCCUGAACUACGGCACUACCAUCAUCAUGACCAUCCACCAGCCGUCGCAAAAGUUGUUUGAUGCGUUUGGCUCGUUGCUUUUGCUUGCUCGUGGCGGUAGAGUUGUCUACAACGGUCCUCCCAGCGAUGUCGUACCCCGUUUCGAAACCUACGGUCACCAAAAGCCUCAGGAAGUGCUGGAUGCCGAUUUUCUCUUGGAUGUGUUACAGAGUUCUCCCGAGACCGCGUCGGAGCUUGUGGCGGCGUGGACAGCGCCCGAAAAGCCUCACCCUGAGCUGCCAAUUAAAGCGACUCCCGAGGCAACGUUCGAUCUUGCUCCCUAUGCUCACAAAAAGGUACCGUUCUCGGUAUCGUGGAAGACGGUGACUAAGCGGCAGUGGAUCUGUAUCUUCCGUAACAAGGACAUCUUGUGGUCGCGGGCGGGGCAGACGUUCUUUUUAACGGUGGUGCACACAUUGUUCUUUGCUCCUCUCCGUACCGGUCCCGGGGGGCUCGAGAACCGGAUGGGGCUCAUUCAAGAAGUGCUUAACUUGUACUAUGUGGGCAUUAUCAACAACGUUGCGGUGUUCCCCACCGAAAGAGAGAUGUUUUUCCAGGAAUACCGCGACGGCAUCUACGGGGUGGCGGAGUUCUCCAUCCAAUACUUCCUCAACGAGCUCCCCACCGAAGUGAUCCCCGCAUUCAUCUUCUCGAUUUUGAUUGUGUUUGGGGUGGGGCUUCCACGUAAUGCCGGGAUGUUUUUCCUGAUGUUUUGUAUGGGGGCGCUUUCAAUCAAUACCGGAGAACUGUUUGGGAUGAUUGUCAACGCCAUCAUCAGUCACAUGGGGUUGGCGACCAACAUCCUUCUUAAUUCGGUGAUUUUGGCCAUCUUCAUGGGGGGGACGAUGUCGUUGUACAUGCCGGGUUUCUUUAAAGCCGUCAACUACAUCAAUCCGAUGAAGUAUGCCGUCGGCAUCUGUGCCAAAGUGGGGUUCCCUAAGGACAUGGUGUUCGACUGUGGUCUCCCCCACUGUUCUUUGAACACGGGUAAAGAGAUCUUGGACUACUAUAAGUUGAACAUCAACUUGGGCGGCUACUUUGGCGGCAUCGUCACCUGUUUCGUGGCAUACCGUAUCUUGGGGAUUUUGGCGUUAUGGAUCAGGGUGCGGUUUAUUAAUUAA